GUGGAUUCUACAUGCAGCAUAGACGUAACUGGAGGCAGAGAGCUGAUUUUUCUCUAUAUAUGAGCAGUAGGGGAAGGAAUCCUAUCCCAGUUAAUUCUAGUACUCUGGGGCAAACCCUCAUCCGAUCAGACACUGUUUCUCACAUUUGAAUCAAUCAUUAGAUUUUAAGAGACAAUCAAGGCAAAAUAAUCUUUUUAUCCAACUAUCUUUCAGAUCUCAGUUAUCUGACAGGAGCAUGGGAAAAGAUUAUUACUCAAUUUUAGGGAUUGAAAAGGGAGCUUCGGAAGAUGACAUCAAGAAAUCUUAUAGAAAACAGGCUCUCAAAUGGCAUCCAGACAAGAACAAAUCUGCUCAUGCGGAGGAGAAGUUUAAAGAGAUAGCUGAAGCCUAUGAGGUGCUAAGUGACCCCAAAAAGAAAGAGGUGUACGAUCAGUUUGGAGAGGAGGGACUUAAAGGAGGGUCUGGAGCACCAGAUGGACAUGGUGGAAACUUUCACUAUACUUUCCAUGGCGAUCCACAUGCAACAUUUGCUGCAUUUUUUGGUGGAGCAAACCCAUUUGAAAUUUUCUUUGGGAGAAGGAUGCCAGGAGGCCGGGAAGAUGAAGACAUGGAGUUGGAUAAUGACCCAUUUAGCUCAUUUACAAGUUUUAACAUGAAUGGGUUUCCAAGAGAAAAGAAUCAGGUUGGUAACCAGUUCUGCCGCAAACAGGACCCACCCAUAAUUCAUGACUUGAGAGUGUCCUUGGAAGAGAUCUACCAUGGUUGCACCAAAAGGAUGCGGAUAUCCCGGAAAAGGAUGAAUCCCGAUAGAAGAUCUGUACGGGCUGAAGAUAAGAUUCUUACCAUAGAGAUAAAGAAAGGUUGGAAAGAGGGCACCAAAAUUACAUUUCCCAGGGAGGGGGAUGAAACACAUAUGACCAUUCCUGCUGAUAUUGUUUUUGUUGUUAAAGACAAACCUCAUGCACAUUUUAAACGGGAUGGGUCAAAUAUUGUGUCUCCUGCACGCAUAAGCUUGCGUGAGGCUCUCUGUGGAUGCUCAAUCAAUGUGCCAACAUUAGAUGGAAGGAGCAUUCCAAUGACAAUAAAUGACAUCAUCAAACCUGGUAUGAGACGGAGGAUUAUAGGAUAUGGACUCCCUUUUCCAAAAAACCCAGAACAACGUGGAGAUCUGCUGGUGGAAUUUGAAGUUAUUUUCCCAGACAGCAUUCCUCAGUCAUCAAAGGAACUUCUAAAAAGACAUCUGCCUGUUUCUUAGAAUUCCCCGAAUAGUUUAAGGAUGCCUUACCUAUGCAAAGGAUUACUGUAUGAUAAUAGACUUUUUGUGCGUUUAUAUAUUUUGUUCCACAGGAUCUUCAUUGAUUUGUUCAAUGAUUUGUCCUUCAUUUUUUUUUAAAAUACAUUAUGAUAUCAACAGGCAUUAAGCAGAAUGUAUUACUCCUUUAAAUGAGCAUUUAGCUCAUUUUUGGUAAAACUUAUGACUUGAUAUAUCACUUUAGGGCUGUAUGUGUCUGUACUGAAGAUGUUUCAGUUUACAGUCUAUUUUUAUAACUCAUCAAUUGUUUAUUAUAGCUUUUAUGCUUUUUAUCUACAGGUGUAUGAAUUCACGCCAAUGAUCUUUAUAGUAAUAUUAUGCUUUAUAGUGCAGUGCAUUUUCUGUCUGAUCAUACUAACUGAUGUGUAACUGAUGUGUAAGUUGCUUAAAAAAAGGUAUGGCUAAGCAGUUCGGGGCUAGUUAUAAUAAUUACGUUAAACUCAUGUCUCAUGCAUCAAAUUACUGAUCUCAGUAACUACUGGAUGUUUUUUUUAAUUCAAUACUCCAAUUAAUUCUUUUAAAGAACAAACAUUUCACAGUGUAUAUGGAAUCACUGAAUUUAUUGGAGGUGCAGAAUAGACUGCCUGAUAUCCAUGAAAAAAAUAGUUUUAAUUUAUACUUACAUGGGUUGUUUUUUGAGGAGAAACUCUUUUGGAUGACAGGCCAAUGUUUAUUAUGGUGUCUAACCUGAAUGUAGGCAGGGAAUGAUGAACUUAGUACAGAUGCAGAUUAAAAUAGAUCACCGCAAGUCACAAGUCAUCUUUGGUAGCAUAUUGAAAUAUGAGACAUAGAAUACCAUCCCCU